AUGUUUCGUUUAGCUGUUAGACAAGCUGCUCGUUCAGCUCCACGUGUAAGAAACUAUGCAACUUUACGUGAAAUUGAAGAUAGAUUGAAAUCAAUUAAAAAUAUUGAAAAAAUUACAAAUACAAUGAAAAUUGUUGCAUCAACAAGAUUAAAUAAAGCUCAAAGAGCAAUGCAAGCAUCAAGAGUUUUCAAUGAAUCAGAAGCUGAUUUUAAUGAAAAUACUGAUCCAAAAGAAGCAGAACAAGCAUUUGAAAAAGAAGAAACUAAAGAAAAUGCUAAACCAGAAAAAACUCUUUUAAUUGUUGUUUCAUCAGAUAAAGGAUUAUGUGGAUCAAUUCAUUCACAAUUAGCAAAAGCUUCAAGAAAAAGAAUUGCAGAAUUAAAUGGUAAUGUUGAUAUUGUUGCCAUUGGUGAUAAAGUUCGUGCUCAAUUACAUAGAUCAAAUCCAAAUGAUAUAGUAUUAGCUUUUAAUGGUGUUGGAAAACAAGAACCAAAUUUUACAGAAGUUGCUUUAAUUGCUGAUGAAAUUGCAAAAUUAGGUCAUUAUGAUAAUGUUGAAAUUAUAUAUAAUAAAUUUGUUUCUGGUGUUUCAUUUGAACCUUCAACUUUUAAUAUUUAUGCAGCUGAUAUUAUUGCAAAUUCUCCAGGUAUAAAUAAAUAUGAAUUAGAAGGUGAAGAUCCAGUUCAAACUUUAAGUGAAUUUUCUUUAGCUAAUAAUUUAUUAACUGCAAUGGCUGAAGGUUAUGCAUCAGAAAUUUCAGCAAGAAGAAAUGCUAUGGAUAAUGCAUCUAAAAAUGCUGGUGAUAUGAUUAAUUCUUAUUCUAUUUUAUAUAAUAGAACUAGACAAGCUGUUAUUACUAAUGAAUUAGUUGAUAUUAUUACUGGUGCUUCAUCAUUGGAAUAG